CGGAUAGUCCUGAGGAUUUGACAAUUACCCUUGCUUUUCUUGCUUACAAUGUGGAGAGUUGCGACCCGCGAAGUCACCGGUACUAACGACGUGCCUUUGGGAAACAGGCGGCGAUUUGGACCUGCCCCAGCCGAGGAAACAGCUCCUCCGCAGCUCGCCCAGCCCUCCCCGUCUGCGUAUCCUCGCCAGGCACAUCAAGAGCAAGACCGGAGGGGCAGAGACGAUUCUCCCGUGUCAGCGGGCGCACUUGGUAAGCCAACCCCCUGAAUGCUCAUCUUUCACAUCCGGGCUGCAGGUUGCGGUUGGAAGUGAUGUUUUCUCAGGUCAUUUGCGACCAUCGGCAAAUACUCUUUUGAUUAAAAGUCUAACGUCGAUACUAACCUUUAUACUAACGUUCGUGUUUUUCCUCACUUACUCAGCUGAUGCUGGACCUCGCAAGAGACGCAGUCGCUGGGGCGAAGCCAAGUCAGAAAUCCCUGGUCUUCCCACAGCCAUUUCAGCCGCAGGAGUUUCGCAGGCACAGCUCGAUAACUACGCAAUACAUCUUCGACUUGAAGAGAUUAAUCGUAAACUCAGGUUGAAUGACUUCAUUCCUCCCGAGCGAGAGCGCUCCCCUUCGCCUCCUCCUACAUACGAUGCACAUGGUCGCAGGACCAACACGAGGGAAGUUCGAUACCGGAAAAAGCUGGAAGACGAGCGAAUUCGGCUGGUUGAUCGAGCCAUGAAGAAUGACCCUAACUUCCGCCCUCCUGUCGAAUAUCACCAGCAGAAGCGGUCUCAGCGUCCUACCGAGAAGGUGUAUAUCCCCGUCAAAGAAUUUCCCGAAAUCAACUUCUUUGGUCUCCUUGUCGGCCCUCGCGGAAACAGUCUGAAGAAAAUGGAGCGAGAAAGUGGCGCCAAGAUCAGCAUUCGAGGAAAAGGUAGCGUGAAGGAGGGUAAAGCUCGUCCGGAUCAGUAUGCGGACGACGCCGAAGAAGACCUUCAUUGUCUCGUUGUAGCAGAAUCUGAAGAAAAAGUUACAUCUUGCGUGAGACUAAUUAACAGAGUCAUUGAGACGGCUGCUUCCACUCCCGAGGGUCAGAAUGACCACAAGCGUAACCAGCUUCGUGAGUUGGCAGCCCUUAACGGCACGUUGAGAGACGAUGAGAACCAAAUAUGUCAAAAUUGUGGUGGUCUCGGUCACCGCAAAUACGAUUGUCCUGAGCAGCGCAACUUCACCGCUAACAUCAUCUGUCGCGUUUGCGGCAGUGCAGGGCACAUGGCUCGUGACUGCACAGUCAGGGAUCCUAACGCUGCACUGGGCGGCCCUUCUCCUCCGAUGAACAAAGGGGGCUUUGAUUCGGAAUAUGCUAGUCUUAUGGCAGAACUUGGCGAGGGCGCCAAAAGCAGCAAUGGAGAUGGCGCGCGAAACCCCUGGGCAUCUUCUAGCGCUGGUCACGACAUCACAGCCGGCGGUUCCAACAUACCUCCUUGGCGUCGUCCCGAAGUUUGGCAAAGCAACAACGCUCCCCAACAGAACACGGGUUAUCGUCCCCCGCAAGCUUACGGUGGCUACCAGGGCCAAUACGGAGCCUACGGUCAACAACAGGGUUAUGGCCAAGGAGGUUAUGGUCAGCAAGACUAUUCCGCCAACUAUGCGCAAUACUAUCAACAACAAUACGCUCAGCAGCAGCUCACAACCCCUAGCCAUUAGUUUCAAUAUGUGCACCCCUGGUAAACUUACUCUGAAGAAACUCAUCACAUUCGUCAGCUUAGCUUCUCUUACCGCCUUGUCCUUUCACUUUGCCCUGGGGGUAACGUUCCAAUAAACUCUUCACAGGCGACAAGCAAUUGCCUCUCCAGGUUGCGCUGGGAAAGAGGCUCUACUCACUUCGACUAACCUCUUCCGGCUUAUAGGCGUCAAAUGACUGUCUUUUUCGCGUUUACGUUUGGAAAUGUAGCCUCUUUAUUGUCAAAUCGAGUACUGUAAC